AUGGACGCCGUCGCAAUCCAGGAUGCCAACAAGAUCAGAGCCGCCAUGGGACUUGCGCCCUUGCCCGUUCCCGGCGAAGAUGGCCUUCAAUUUAAAUCCAAAGACGACGGAGAAGAUUCAGACCCCGAUGACAUGAGCACACUCGAGAAGCGCCAGGCAGCCGCUGGUGACAACUGGAAAAAGCUGCAGGAUGAAGAGAAGGCAAGACAAGAGCGUCUGGCUCGCAAGGAAGCUAUCAAAAGAGCUCGCGAUCUCGAGCUACGGAAUGCAAAGCUGGAAGGAAAGGGUUUGGGAGAUGCAGAAGAGGCAGACAUGGACACAAAAACAUGGUUGUUGCAGCAGAAGAAGCGCCAGAAGAAGAUCGAGCAGGCAAGAAAGUACGAGGAAGAGCAAGCUGAACUUGAACGUCAGGCACAAGCAGAAUACUCGGCCAAGGACUUGGCUGGUGUCAAGGUCGCGCACGAGCUGGAUCAGUUUGAUGCUGAAGGCGAGCAGAUCUUGACCCUCAAGGAUGCCGCUAUUGGUGACGAGAGCGAGGACGACGAGCUUGAGAACCUGGACCUGCGCGCAAAGGAAAAACUACAGGAAAAGCUGGAGCGCAAGAAGAACAAGCCCGUCUACAACCCCAACGAUAUGGAUGAUGGAAAUCGUUCUAUCCUGGCGCAUUACGACGAAGAGAUUGAGGGCAAAAAGAAGAAGAACUUCACCCUGGAUACGUCUGGCGCCAUCGACCANGCAGCUGUCGCGGCUCGCAGGGAAGCCGCAGAAGCAGAGCGCAUAGGUGUCAAAGGCAUCAAGAUUAGUUUGGACGAGCUCAAAGACGACACUCCGAUCUCAGAUUACCAGGACCCCUCGACUGCUAGGAUUCGCAAGCCCAAGAAGCCGAAGAAGGCCAAGACUAGUCGCACAAAGGCUGCUGACGCAGACGACAUCUUCCCUUUGCCCACACAACGACCUUCAGGAGACCAGAUGGACGUUGAUGGUCAGCCAACAUCAAACGGUGCUGCUAGGAAACGUACUUUUGAGACUUUUGACGAUGACGAUCUGCAAGCCAAGCUGGCAGAGCAACGCCGUCAAGCACUGAAGAAGCGUAAGAAGACUGAUGCUGCUGAGCUGGCUCGCCGCAUUCGUGAAGAAGAAUCAACAACUCCCAUGAACACUGCCGAAGAUGACGAGGAACCUGGUCUUGUUAUUGAUGAGACUACUGAGUUUGUCUCCAAUCUGAGACGCCCACAAUCACCAGAUUCGGCAGACGAACGUACGAGAGCCACUUCGACACCUGCCCUUGGAGACGUCAAGGAUGAAGACGAAACUAUGCAAGAAUCAUACGGUGCAGUCGAAGACGAGGAAGAUGCUCGUGCUCGUCGCGAAGCCGAGGAACGAGAAUCAGUUGCUCCACCAGCAAUGACGUCCACAGGUUUCGAGGACGAAGAAGAUACCACAUCCGGAGCAGGAGGCAUUCUCAACAUGCUUCGCAAACGUGGUCUCGUUCAAGACAGCGAAGCCGACAAGGCCAACGCCGCAGUCCGCGCCCAACAACAGUUCCUCGCCGAGAACCAAGCUCUCGUCGACGAAUACGAUCGCAAAACAAGAGAAGAGCGCGAGAGCGACCGUAAAUCUGGCCGCUGGGAUCGUAUGUCUCACCGUGAGCGUGAAAACUACCAACGCCAACAGAACGAGCAAAGAGACGCCUACCUCGCACAACUACAAGCCGAGCACUUCAAGCGCUCAUACAAGCCCAAUGUUCAGCUUCGCUACAAUGACGAGGAUGGUCGUGAGAUGAACCAGAAGGAAGCUUUCAAGCAUCUCAGUCACAGGUUCCACGGUAAAGGCAGUGGUAAGCAGAAGACCGAGAAGCGUAUGAAGAAGAAGCAGGAAGAGGAUGAUAGGCAGAGAAAGUCGUUGCUUGGAUUCACAGGUACAAAUGAGGCUGUGGGCGCUACAGCGAAGAAGAAUAGGCAGGCGGGUGUGAGAUUGCAGUAG